AUGUUCAGAUCUAGCCCCAGAGUUGCGAGACCUAUCGCUUCGUGCGUGAGCAAGAGAAACCUGGCCAGAGUAGCCAGUGGAUUCGCGCUCCCCCAGUCUAGCUGUAUCGCUAGUCAGUUCCAAAACUACUUCCUUGUCCAGCGUGUCGCGGCAUCGAGGAUGGCCUCGACCACUGUGAAAGUACCACCUAUGGCCGAAUCACUGACUGAGGGAUCCCUCAAAGAAUUCACCAAACAAGUCGGCGAAUACAUCAAACAAGAUGAGCUCUUGGCUACUAUCGAAACAGAUAAAAUCGACGUGGAAGUUAACGCUCCAACGUCAGGAAAAGUCACUAAGCUUCACUUUCAGCCAGAGGACACUGUGACUGUGGGCGAUGACCUUGCCGAGAUCGAGCCUGGCGCUGCUCCAGAAGGCGGCAAGGAGGCUGCCCCAGAACCCGCCAAGGAAACCCCUAAGUCGGAGGAGCCUGCUCCCAAAGAGGACCAGCCUGCCGCCGCUCCCAAGCCACAGGAAUCAGCUCCAAAGGAAGAGCCCAAAAAGGCUGCUGCUCCACCUCCUCCUCCUCAGCCAAAGAAGGAGUCUGCUCCUCAAAAGGAGUCAAGUCCUGCACCUCCAUCCGGAAGCUUCUCUCGUUCCGAGCAAAAGGUUAAAAUGAACCGUAUGCGUAUGAGGAUUGCAGAGAGAUUAAAGGAGUCUCAAAACACUGCUGCUUCUCUAACCACCUUCAACGAAUGUGACAUGUCUGCUUUGCUGGACAUGCGUAAGCUCUACAAGGACGAAAUUAUCAAGAAAACUGGUGUUAAGUUUGGGUUCAUGGGACUUUUCGCAAAGGCCUGUACUUUGGCUGCAAAGGACAUUCCAACUGUGAAUGCUGCUAUCGAAGGGGACCAAAUCAUCUACCGCGACUACACCGACAUUUCCAUUGCUGUGGCUACUCCUAAAGGCCUUGUCACACCAGUGGUACGUAACGCCGAGUCUCUGUCGGUUCUAGAGGUCGAGCAAGAGAUCACUCGUCUUGGAAAGAAAGCUCGCGAUGGUAAGCUCACUCUUGAAGACAUGGCAGGCGGCACCUUUACUAUUUCCAACGGUGGCGUUUUCGGUUCCCUGUACGGUACUCCAAUUAUUAACAUGCCUCAGACCGCGGUUUUGGGCCUUCAUGGUGUCAAGGAGAGACCCGUUACCGUUAAUGGCCAGAUUGUUUCCAGGCCAAUGAUGUAUCUAGCUUUGACUUACGACCACAGACUGAUGGAUGGUAGAGAAGCUGUCACUUUCCUGAAGACCGUCAAGGAACUGGUUGAAGACCCCAGAAAGAUGAUGCUUAUGUAG